CCCCCUUCUAGUUCUCUUUUAAUAUGUUUGACCACCCCAUCCCUCGGGUUUUCCAGAACCGCUUCUCAACUCAGUACCGCUGCUUCUCGGUAUCCAUGCUUGCCGGACCUAAUGACAGGUCAGAUGUGGAGAAAGGCGGGAAGAUAAUUAUGCCACCAUCAGCUUUGGAUCAACUCAGCCGACUUAACAUUACAUACCCAAUGCUCUUUAAGUUGACCAAUAAAAAUUCAGACCGAAUGACGCACUGUGGAGUGCUUGAGUUUGUGGCCGAUGAGGGCAUAUGUUACCUUCCACACUGGAUGAUGCAGAACUUGCUGCUGGAAGAGGGAGGCCUGGUACAAGUGGAGAGUGUUAAUCUUCAAGUUGCUACUUACUCAAAAUUUCAGCCACAGAGUCCAGAUUUUCUUGACAUCACCAAUCCCAAAGCUGUAUUAGAAAAUGCAUUGAGAAACUUUGCUUGUCUGACUACUGGGGACGUUAUUGCCAUCAACUACAAUGAAAAGAUCUACGAACUUCGGGUGAUGGAGACCAAACCGGAUAAAGCUGUGUCCAUCAUAGAAUGCGAUAUGAAUGUGGAUUUUGAUGCUCCUUUGGGUUACAAAGAACCAGAAAGAAGUGCACAACAUGAAGAGACCACAGAUGUUGAAGCAGACCAUAGUGGAUAUGUGAGUGACACCGGAUUUCGUGCGUUCUCUGGUUCUGGAAACAGACUGGAUGGCAAGAAGAAAGGUGUUGAGCCUAGUCCGUCGCCAAUUAAACCAGGAGACAUUCGAAGAGGAAUACCCAACUAUGACUUCAAGAUCGGUAGAAUCACAUUCAUUAGAAACUCACGUCCACUAGUUAAGAAAGUCGAAGAGGAUGAGUCUGGAAGCCGGUUUAUUGCCUUUUCAGGAGAAGGCCAGUCCCUGCGCAAAAAGGGAAGAAAACCCUAAGUCGUGGUACCUUUAGUCAAUUAGGAGGACAAUAAAAUAA